CCAAUCAGCGCCCGGCGGAUGACUUGGAGGCUGCGCUUUCGACGCCAGCUCUGGCAAGAGGUUAGUUCCUGCUCUACGCUGGCCGUUUCCUGUAAUCGUACAGUGUUGUGAGACGGAGAAAGCCAUGUGUGUCGAUGCAAAGUGCAUCAGCACGCACAUUUAUUAAUGGAUUGCUUUGUAUUGGCUCCAACCAGAGAAGCUAAAACUAACUCCAGAGGAACGGGGGAGAGAGAGUAAAGGAGGGUGAGCUGGUGGUAAACUCUCUUUUCCUGUUCCUCACUCCCUAAUAAUUCAUCAUUGCAGCGCAAGUUAUCUCUUGUUGGAUGUUCGUGUACCAACACUGGAUAUCACACAUUCUUUGCUUAUUUUCACAAACUCUUUAAAAAGAUGGCAGACCCCAUUAUGGACCUUUUUGAUGACACGCCACUGUUCAAUUUGGAUUCCCUGCCAGAGGACGCCUUUUCCCAAGGCUCCUCGGACCCGGUCGAGGAGGCAUUGAAGUUGGCCUUGGGCCAAGUCGACCCACCUGCAGACCCCGGCGUGCCUGCGCUCGCUGACGCCGUACCUGAUCCGGUCCCAACGCCUGUCCCGCUUCAAACUCUUCAACAGCAUCAGCCCACCCAGGAGAUCUCCAUUUCCCAAACUCCAAUUUCCGUUCAGCCGGUGCCUCAGUCUUCUCUCUCUGUGGCUGGUAACAGCAGCGGGGCAGCAACAGUUUUGCUGAGCUCCCCCGUUGGAGUACCUGUGUCAGGCGCUCAGGUCGUCACCCAGCAGGUACAGGCUCAGCAAAUUGCUGCGGGGCAGUCGGGCCCCAAAAUUGUUAUAUUAAAGGGUCCUCAAGGUCAGACUCAAGUGCUCCAGGGUGUCACAGGUGCCACAGGCUCUCCAGGGAAAGUCACCCUCGCCAGAGUUCUAACAGGAACCCCUCUUAGGCCAGGAAUGACGGUUGUUUCUGGGGGGACGGUAUUAAACGCGACAUCUCCUGGUCAGGGGCAGGUGAAAGUGGGCUCUGGGGUCCAAAGGCUGGUUCAGACUUCAAAUGGCCCAAUGAAGCAGGUGUUAUUGACCUCUGUGCCCCAGUCACAGGCGCAGACGCAGCCUGUGCAGGUUCAGAUAUCCACGCAGAGUCAGCUGCAGCCACAGUCCGUCCAAGUGCAGUCUCAAGCGCAGGUGUCGCUACAGACGCAGGCUACGGCACCCGGAACGACAGCAACCAUUCGACCUCAAGGUGUCACCCUCUCAGCGGUGCCACAGCAGGGUGAAGCUAAGAGGAUCACUCUGGUGCUACAGCAGCCCUCGCAGGGUGGAGCCGGCCAGGCCGGGACGGUGACGGUAGGGGGAUCUGCGGCUGCAGGGGCAGGUCAACAAGGCCAGCAGCCCAGGCUGGUGUUGGGCUCUUUGCCAGGGAAGUUUGUUUUGCAGGGAGGGCAACUGACGGCUCUUGCACAAGCCAAGGCGGGUCAGACGGGGGCGCAGCCAAAAGUGCUCACUAUUCAGCUGCAAGUGCAACAGCAGCCCAACCAACAGGGAGCAAAGUUUCAGUUGGUUUCUGGAGCAGCUAAUGCUGGUGGCAGCCCUCAAGUGUUGCAGAUAUCUCAAGGACAGGGAGGACAAAGAGUGGCAGUGCCUCUUAAACUACUCCUGCAGCCACAGUUAAACGCGGUCUCCAGUGCUGGUGGAACCGUUUCCGUAGUGAAAGUUAUCAAUACCUCGGCUGCCGGCUCUGCGGCCAGCACAAACACUACAGCUGCGUCUUCCGGUGUGCGUCUGGCAAAGGUCCAGGAGCCCGUGCGACGAGUGGAGACCCUGUGCAAGCAGGAGAAGGCGAAUCGCAUCGUUGCCGAGGCCAUUGCGCGGGCCAAAGCCAGAGGAGAGAGGAACAUCCCUCGCGUUCUCAACCAUGAUGAGCUUCCUCCUGGACAGACCGCGGCGGCCCUGGAGGGUGCCGUGGGAGCUGCCGGAGCCAAAAAGAAAGGAGGAGGUGGUGGCGGUGGAGGAGGGAGCAAAAAGAAAAGCCCGAGCGCAGGAGGAGGAAAAAUGGUCCCGGGUGGAGACAAGAAAUCGAAGGCGAAGACUCCGGGAACUCCGGUUGUUGGAGCUGGAGGCAGUAAAAGUAAAUGCAAGACUAAGCUGAACACCAUCACGCCUGUGGGUGGUAAGAAAAGGAAAAGAAAUGGGUCCUCUGACCACUCAGACGUAGAUCUUAGCCCACCUGUUUCGCCCCGCACGCUAGAGGAGGACAUGUCACAGAAACGGCGCUCUAACCGGCAAGUGAAGAGAAAGAAGUACACCGAGGAUUUGGACAUCAAAAUCACAGAUGAUGAGGAUGAAAUGGAUGCAGAUGUUGACGUGACCACACCUGCCGUGUCUACUCUACAUGUUCAGCCCAUGGCAGGGGAACUCCAACAGGAGCUCGAUGGGGAAGGUCUUCCAAGCAUGCAGUUUUUUGUGGAGAACCCAAGUGAGGAAGAUGCUGCUAUUGUGGAUAAAAUUUUAUCUAUGCGGUUGACCAAAAAAGAGGUUUCACCAGGGCAGUAUAUUAAUGUGGAGGAGUUCUUUGUCAAAUACAAAAACUACUCAUACAUGCAUUGUGAGUGGGCCAGUCUUGAUCAGCUGGAGAGAGAUAAGAGGAUCCAUCAGAAGCUCAAGAGGUUCAAGACCAAACAGGCACAGAUGAGAAAUCUCUUUCAAGAGGAUGAGGAACCCUUCAAUCCAGACUAUGUGGAGGUUGAUCGUAUCUUGGAUGAAUCGCAUAGUGUCGAUAAGGACAAUGGAGAGCCGGUUGUGUACUACUUGGUGAAAUGGUGCUCACUGCCCUACGAAGAUGCAACUUGGGAGCUGAAGGAAGACAUUGAUGAAGGAAAAGUGGAAGAAUUUAGAAAGAUUGAAAGUCGGCCAGCACGCCUCAAGAGAACCCCUCGGCCACCUGCCAGUUCCUGGAAGAAGCUUGACGAGUCAAGGGAGUAUAAAAAUGGGAAUCAGCUUCGAGAGUACCAGCUGGAAGGAGUCAACUGGUUGCUCUUCAACUGGUACAACAGGCAAAACUGCAUCCUUGCAGAUGAAAUGGGUCUUGGCAAGACCAUUCAGUCCAUAGCUCUCCUGUCUGAGGAGUUUUCUGCAGGCGUCACGGGGCCGUUCCUCAUUAUUGCGCCUCUGUCCACCAUCACAAACUGGGAAAGAGAGUUCACCAACUGGACUGAUAUGAAUGCAAUCGUUUACCACGGCAGUCUGGCCAGCCGACAGAUGAUUCAGCAGUAUGAGAUGUACUGCAAAGAUGACAAGGGACAUUUGAUUCCAGGAGCUUAUAAGUUUGAUGCUCUCAUCACAACCUUUGAGAUGAUUCUGUCAGAUUGCCCUGAGCUGAGGGAGAUUUCGUGGCGAUGUGUUAUUAUCGAUGAAGCUCACCGACUGAAGAACAGAAAUUGCAAACUGCUGGACAGCCUUAAGAUGCUUGACCUUGAGCAUAAAGUGUUGUUGACAGGAACGCCAUUGCAAAAUACAGUAGAGGAACUCUUCAGCCUUCUGCACUUCCUGGAACCAGCUCAGUUUCCCUCUGAAAUCGAGUUUCUCCGCGAGUUUGGAGAUCUUAAAACGGAGGAACAGGUCCAGAAACUGCAGUCUAUCCUGAAGCCCAUGAUGCUGCGUAGGCUGAAAGAGGACGUAGAAAAGAACCUCGCCCCAAAACAGGAGACCAUUAUAGAGGUGGAGUUGACUGAUGUUCAAAAGAAGUAUUACCGUGCUAUUCUGGAGCGUAACUUCAGCUUCCUCAGCAUGGGAGCCACACAUAACAGCAAUGUGCCCAAUCUCCUCAACACCAUGAUGGAGCUUCGAAAGUGUUGCAACCAUCCUUACCUCAUUACAGGAGCUGAGGAGAAGAUAGUGGCUGAGCUGAGGCAGGUUUAUGAUCCUCUGGCUCCAGACUUCCAUCUCCAGGCUCUUGUGCGCUCUGCAGGGAAACUGGUUUUGCUGGAUAAGCUACUUCCACGCCUCAAAGCCGGUGGACACAAGGUGCUCAUCUUCUCCCAGAUGGUGCGCUGCCUUGACAUCCUCGAGGACUACCUCAUACACAAAAGAUACCUGUAUGAGCGCAUCGAUGGGCGGGUUAGAGGAAACCUGCGCCAGGCGGCCAUCGAUCGCUUUAGCAAACCAGAUUCCGACCGGUUUGUCUUCCUGCUUUGUACUCGUGCUGGAGGGUUGGGCAUUAAUCUAACUGCUGCUGACACCUGUGUCAUAUUCGACUCGGACUGGAACCCACAGAAUGAUCUUCAGGCUCAGGCUCGUUGUCACCGUAUCGGUCAAUCUAAAGCGGUGAAGGUAUAUCGUCUUAUCACCAGGAACUCUUACGAAAGGGAGAUGUUGGACAAAGCCAGUCUUAAAUUGGGGCUUGAUCGAGCUGUCCUACAAAGCAUGAGUGGAAACAAGGAGAGCAGUGUUAAUGGGAUACAACAGUUUUCCAAGAAGGAGAUUGAGGAUUUACUCCGUAAAGGUGCUUAUGCUGCCAUAAUGGAUGAGAACGACGAGGGCAGUCGCUUUUGUGAGGAGGACAUUGAUCAGAUCCUCCAGAGAAGGGCCACUACCAUCACCAUAGAGAGUGAAGGAAAGGGAUCCACCUUCUCCAAGGCCAGCUUCGUAGCGUCUGAGAACCGCACUGACAUUGCUUUAGAUGACCCUGAGUUUUGGCAGAAGUGGGCCAAGAAAGCAGAUUUAGACAUGGACACUUUCAACAGGAAGAACACACUAGUGAUAGACACGCCAAGAGUGAGAAAGCAAACGCGUCAGUUUUCCACUCUACGCGGAGAGGGCGGUGAGCUGUCUGAUAUGGACAGUGAUGACGACUACCAAGCACAUAAUUCUCGCCAAUCCCGGACUUCCCGACGGUCCGACCGGCAUUCCGGCGGAGGCUAUGGACGUACGGACUGCUUCCGAGUGGAGAAACACCUACUUGUUUACGGGUGGGGGCGCUGGAGGGAUAUCCUGUCUCAUGCUCGGUGUAAGAGGCGACUCAGCGAGCGAGACGUGGAGACCAUCUGCCGGGUGAUCUUGGUCUUCUGUCUACUUCAUUAUCGUGGAGAUGAGAACAUCAAGAGCUUCAUCUGGGAACUGAUCACGCCGCCAGAGAAUGGACGAGAACCUCAAGCUCUGCUUAACCAUUCUGGUCUGUCCAUCCCUGUUCCUCGUGGCAGGAAGGGCAAACGGGUGAAGGCUCAGAGCUCUUUCGAUGUGCAGAAGGUUGAGUGGAUCCGCAAGUACAAUCCUGACAGUCUGCUCGUGGACGACAGUUAUCGCAAGCACCUCAAGCACCAGUGUAACAAAGUCUUGUUGAGAGUACGCAUGCUUUAUUACCUGAAGCAGGAGGUCAUCGGAGAACAUGCCGAUUCUGUUUUGAGAGGAGCUGAUGCAAGAGAUAUUGAUAUCUGGUUACCUGAAAUGGAGCAGCAGGAUGUUCCCUCCGGUUGGUGGGACGCAGAAGCCGAUCGAUGCUUGCUUAUCGGAGUUUAUAAGCAUGGGUAUGAGAUGUACACCACCAUGCGUGCUGACCCCUGCUUGUGUUUCGUUGAGCGAUGUGGACGCCCAAAUGAGCAGGACAUUAAUGCGGAGCAGCACGCAGUAGACCCAGAGCUUGGGGACGCUGGGGACUACGAUAAGUACUCAGAGGAUCCAGAAUUCAAACCUGCGUUGAGACACACCAAGGAUGCAUAUGAAGAGGGUGAUUCGCUGAAUGCAGACAAUGAGAUUUGUGUGGAGGAUCGCUCCGCACCCGUUCAGGUCGAAAGUGCUUCCUCAGGAUCCUCAGAUUUGUGUUAUUGGCCAACAAGCUCAUCGCUGACAGCUCGACUGCGUCGCCUUAUCACAGCGUAUCAGCGCAGUUACAGACGAGAGCAACUUAAGAUCGAAGCUGCAGAGAAGGGCGAUCGAAGACGUAGACGCUGUGAACAAGCCACCAAACUCAAAGAGAUAGCCCGACAAGAACGGCAACAAAGUUGGCAACCCUAUUUCAGGUGGACCCGUCGGGAGGAAUGUGAUUUUUACAGGGUGGUAUCGACCUUUGGAGUGGAGAGGAUAAAGAAGGAGGCCGACGCUCAAGAAGGGGAUGAGCAUUACAUGGACUGGGCGCGUUUCCGUACGUUUGCUCGGCUUGAUAAGAAAACCGACGAGAGCUUGACGCGUUACUUCAAGUGCUUCAUGUCUAUGUGUCGGCAGGUGUGCCACCUUCGACCGGCACGUGGUGAUGAAUCUCAAAGCAUGUCCCAGCCCCUAGCCCCCAUCACAGAAGAAAGAGCCUCACGCACACUUUACAGGGUCAGCUUGCUGUGCCGACUACGCGAGCGCGUUCUCCCCCAUCCGUCGCUGGAGGAACGUCUCGCUCUGGCGCCACCCAGCUCUGACCUGCCCAACUGGUGGAGCAUCCCACAGCACGACCACGAGCUGCUCUUAGCCGCCUCCAGACACGGAGUCAGUCGCACCGAACUCUCGAUCUUCGCUGACCCGCAGUACACGUUCAGCCAAGCCCGCCUCGACUACCUCCAGAACCAGCAAGCCCAAGCGGCCUCACAGACUCUCGCAUUCAGCCAAUCGCAGGAGCUGACCAAUAUCAAAGAGGAGGGGCUAGACGAUGGCUCUCGGCUAGUGGGGACGGACACCCUGUGUCACUCGGACUCCCUGGCCACGCACUUCCCUCACUCCGAGGGAAAAAUUGGAGGGCAAGCUGGCUGGGGUUGGAAACCGAGCAAACACGCAGGGUCCAGUGGGAAGAAAGGAGAGAGAAGCGAAGCGGCCUCAGACUCGGAUUCCGAUUCAGACUCGGGCUCGUCGUCGUCUUCGCGUAAUUCGGGCAGCUCGGACGACAGCGGAGACAGCGAUGCAGAGAGAGAACAAGCAGCAGCUCUUAAGAUGUGUGAUGGCGAUGAAGAGAACAGCAUCCUGUCAUUGACAGCGUCCCAAGACGGCGCCCCACCAGAGUCCCUUACUGACCCUCUCAGAGUCGACUGGCCCAAAGAUCGCGCGUUGAUAAACCGAAUAGAUAACCUCUGUUACCUCGUAAUAACCGGGCACUGGCCAUCAGGCCGCCGUUACAUUCCCGAAACUCAGCUCAGUGGCGCGACUGAAGACCAUGACCUUGGAGGUGACCUGGGUUACCCCCGAGUGGCACGUAAAAGCAACAGCGCCCUGUCUGCGGAGGCCGUCGAAGGCCAAGAUACAGAGUUCACAGUAAAACUCUUGAAGGAAGAGGGUCUGAAGCUGACGUUCUCUAAGCAAGCUCUGAUGCCGAAUGGGGAAGACAGCGGACGCAAGAAACGAAAGGACCAGGAGCUUAUAGGUGCGGAGGGAGUUCACCAUGCUCCUCGAAGGAGGGACCUUCCCAACUGGCUCAAAGAGAAUCCAGACUACGAGGUGGAGGGAGACAUGCUAGAGCUCCUGGUGAACAGGACCAAAAGGAAGAGGAGGAGGAAGAAGGUGGAAAUUGGUGCAGUACUUACAGGCAGUGAACGAGUUAAAGUCAUAGACUUAAGGACAGGCAAGAAGUUUGGUGGAAUAUAUGGCCCUGCACUACAGGACCUGAGGGAGCACCUGGAGGAGAAUCCUAACCACGCUGUUACCGCAGAGUGGUCUGAAACUGUUCGCGGCUCGGGCUUCUUGCCAGAGAGUUUAUUCCAUAGACUGUUGACUCCCCAUUCUUCAAUCCCCAAAAAGAGCCGACAUUACCUUUCCACCCCUUCGAUCCAGUCCGAUGACCCUCUCCUGGGAGGUGGAGAAGGCGAGACGUUAGUUUCUGACGGAGCGUACAUGAUGGACGACGAGGACCUGGAAGACGAUGGCCACCUCGCAUCAUCUCACCACUUUCUUACUCCUGCCUACGAUGUGAAAAUGGAGCCGAGCGCUCUGGAUAUGGACGAAGGUGACAGUUUGUCACAAGGUGGCUACGAUAGCUCAGACAGGGAAGCCAUUUUGGAUGACGUCAUCAUGGCACCUAAAAAUUCAGACUCUUCCUCGAGUUCAGAGGAUUGACCAAAUCGCAAUGUUCAAUGUAGUAGAGUGAGAUCAUGACAGUCUUUUAUUUUAUUAUAUUCUGCCUUCAUUAUUUUUAUAAUUAUUGUUGAUGUUAUUGCUUUAAAUAUUGAGUAACACAUUUUUUCUGGGGUUGGCCUUCUACUGGACUGUUAUGAGUAAAUUGUGGAGAGGAACAGGCGUCACUCGUUUUUCUUUACUUUUUUUACAUCUUGUUCGGCACGUUGUGCAAAACCCCAAUUCCAGCUGAUUAAAAUAUGUCACUUAACCCAUAGCAAGCCCUUUUCAUCCAUUAUGGCUCUGAAAGGUUUCCCACCCUCAGGCUGAACUGUAUAACAGUGUGCUGGAGGAUUCAGAGUCAUGCACUGAGCUGAGCCGUCGUGGUGCCUCGGUCUGGUGAAGAACAUGUUUUUGUUGGAUGUAUAUCAUUUUUUUUGUGCGUGCGUGCGUGUGUGUGUAGGGGGGAGGGUAGGACUUGGGGUUUAGGAUUAGUUACUGAAACGUUGUUAGACAGAUGAUGGCUGUAUUGUAUAGUUGGUCCUAUGCCUGCAGUGAUGCAAAAAUUAUGAGUUUAUUCCUGUUUCAUGAACUGACUCCAACUGUCUCUGUGAUAUAAAUAUGAAUAGCAGUCUACAUUGGAAA